AUGAAAUGGCCGGAAUAUUACACUGUGCGAAAAAUGAUAUAUUUGUUAUUAGUAUUAAACUUCACGGCAUUUGCAACUGCAGUAUUAAGAAGAGGGGUUUGCGAUGCGUGUCUUGACAGCGCCUGUUACAGCAAAACUCAAAUAUUUAAAGAUUAUCCAGUAUCAGGCCAACUGGCCAUCGAUAGAAAGGAGAACCUAGUCUAUUUCCACUACGAAGUGUCCGACUCAGGUCGUACUGUUGCCUUCGAUUUGGAUGAUAUUAGAUUCCUAACUAUACCUGACAUAGAGUUCUCAUUCGCAAAAACAGUCGAUCCGACAACUGGAGAUGUUUAUAUCGGCGGUGCGACUGGCAUUUACAAAUAUAAUCCUAAAACAAACGUGACAUCUGUAUAUGCUCUUAAUGACAAAGCUAUUUGGAAUAUGCAGUUCAAAGACGUAUUGUAUUAUACGAUUGUCAUGAAUAAAGGGUUGAAUAUUUAUGAAAACAAACGAUCAAGAAGCGUAACUGCGUUAAAUGAUUUUGUUGUAGACGAUUUUAUUAUCGAUAAAAAGGAUAAUAUAUAUUUUAUGAGCAAUUUUACAAUGUAUAAACUGAAGAAAGGAGAUAAAUAUCCUAGUGAAUUUUCAAAUAUAUUAUACUCUUUGUCGACUGAUGUUCAUGGGAAUGCAUACUUUGUACAAAGAGAAUCUCGGGGUCUUUACAAGAUUGAUUAUGGAACUGGUAGAUUAGUAGAAAUGGGCGCUUUUGGGAGUGGCAUUCCGUUGAAAUCUGUUUUCGAUAGACUAAAUAAUGUUAUAUAUUACGAUGCUGAAUCCAGUAAGCUGUACUAUUUAGUGCCUAAUUAUGCUAUAUGUAAAGUGAAGACUGAGACGGAUAUACUGGGGAAACUGAAAAUGAAAGUGUCUCAGAUAUAA